AUGAGUGCUGAGGCUAGCACUUCGACAGCCUCUACAAGCGGAGCUUCAGCCGGUGGAUCUGACUAUUCAAGCUCAGAUGAUGAAUUUGAAAAAUACUGUUAUUCAUUUAGUCUUGAGCAAGUGAUGUUGAUCAAAAGACUUGCAAAAGCUGAGGCUCAAUUCCCCAAACUAUCCAAGAAAACCAAUGAUAAACGUCAUCAGCAUGCUGCUCAAAAAAAAGUGGUUGAUGAGUUGCAGGAUAUACUCGAUGGCUUAUAUGGAGCUAUGCAUUGGGGGUUGGAGAUUUCCGAGCUUGCCGAGCUUGAAGCUGAACUUCUAAAACAGCGUGAAAUUCUUGAAAAAAUUGAAGAGGAGUUGAGCGUAUGCUCUAUCAACUCUGCGAAUAAGAUUGACGAAACUAGCCAUUUGCAUGAAAAACUUAAAAAACAACCUUUGAUCGGAUCAUCAUCAAUUGCUGAUCACCAUCAGCUCACUCACUCGUUACACCGAUAUGACUGCAUGAUCAAUCUGACACCAACCAAACCACACUCGAAUAUAUAUGUUCCAGUCAUGUGCAUGGUGUAUCGAUUGUCAACUCACAAUGUCAACUCCAACGCAUUCCACCAUGAUUAUGGUCACAUCACACCAUGCUGA